AUGAAAGAAAUUGAAAAAGAAAAUGAGAAAUAUAUUUUUGAAGAUAAUCAAUGUUAUAUUAUUCAAUGGAAAUAUCGAAUUCAAAGAGAAGGAAUUAGAAAAUUAAAUGGUAAUGAGUGUGAAGAUAAAGAAACCGGUAGACAAAGACAGGUUUAUUUUUAUUGGAUUGGUAGAUAUUGUAAAAAGAAGGAACAAGGAUUAUGUGCAUUAGCUUUAAGAAAAAUUGAUAAUGAAAGAAUUGCUCAUGUUAGAAUAGAACAAGGUAAAGAAAUACCAAUGUUUAGAAGUUUAUUUUGUGGAAGGUUAAUGAUUGUAUCGGGAAAUGAGGAGAAAGAUGAAAAUUGUCCUAAGGGUGGUAAAACUUUGUAUAUUGUUAGAGGUGGACCAGAACCUGAGACAAUGGUUGGAGAACAAAUAUAUUCACCAUUUAUUUUGAAUCAUCAAACAUGUUACUUAGAAAAAGAUAAUCAAUCAGUAAGAAUAUUGAAAGGUCAAUUAGCUUCAAAAACUAUAGUUAAUGGGGCAGAAAAUUUAGCAAAAACUUUAGGAUCAGAAAAAACUUCUAUAUGUUCUAUAAAUUCAACAACUUUUGAUAGUCGUUCACCGGAACUAUUUGAAGAAGCACCAAGAAUGUUUAGAAUAUUUGAUAAAGAUGCUGAAGAAUGUUAUUCUGUUCAUACAAAAAAAGGAAAUAAUUUAUUUACUUUUGAACAAGAUGAUUUAUGUGAUACAAUGUUAAUAGAUCAAGGAAAAACAUUAUGGGUUUGGAGUUUUACUUAUAUUACAACAUUUGCAUUACAAGUAGCUAAAUCAUAUUGGAAAAAUCGUGAAGGAAAAAUAAUUGUUCUCCAUAGAGGUAAAGAAACAGAAUCAUUUAAAGCCUUAUUUCCUGUAUGGAAAGACUAUGAAGAUUGUAAUGAACAAUUACCAAAUGAAAAUGAAUUAUCAAUUUUGUUAAUGGAAAGGACAAGUAAAAGAAGUUUAAAAGAAAUUCAAGAACGUCAAUUACCCCAAGGAUGUGAUUUAUCUUGCUUAGAAAAAUAUUUGUCAGAUUGUGAUUUUGAAAAAGUUUUCAAAAUGUCAAGAGAGAAGUUUAAUUCUCUACAAAGAUGGAAACAAAUUGAGUUAAAAAAAUCAGUCAAUUUGUUUUAA